AUGGGAUCAUGGGAGCCAGCCUGGCCGAGAUCAUCUCGCCCCGGAGAGCAGUUGGGCAAGGAGGACAGCGUUGCAGCACGGCAGGUAGCGGACACAGUAUCGCGAAUCCAUCCCAUCUCCUCAUGGACUGUGGAACGGAGGGCCGCUCCUCGACGCCCACGUGAGACUCUCAACAAGAUUCCCGCCGCGGCCGCCUGGUUCAUGCUCGAUGGCGGCGGGCGGAUUUGCGCCAGCAAACCACAUGCCAGCCGUCCUAUUGCUCGUCCAUUCGUCAACGAGUCGUACGUCAUCUUGUUCCCACGUCGGGCCGGCGGAAGCAAAGGCGGCGAAGAACGGGCACGGAAGCACAGCAGACGGACCAGGCAAUUUGGCAGGUACCUCCAGGCUCCAGGCACCCCGAAGCCGACGCCACCGAACGACGGGCCUACCAAGCUGCCUCCUGGCUCCUGCAAGGGCCGUACUCUCAUGGACACGGCUUGA